AUGUUAGCUGAAUCCUAUGAGCUUAAAAAUACUUUUCCAGAUAGGUCACACACAUACUACAAAGAUUUAGAAAACAAUAUGGAUUUAAUUAAAUUUUUAAUUAGAGCAUGCGCAAUCGAUUUAAACUUAUGUGAUCACUUUGGAGAUACACCCAGUUACUAUGCAGCUCAAAGCAAUUCACUUGAAAUUAUAAAAUAUCUUAAAGAGCAAGGAGCAAAUCUAAGCGUUUCCAAAAAGGAUAAAUCUACACUUGUUCAUACAGCUGCUGAGUGUGGCGCAUUGGAAGUAUUAAGAUAUUUAUUAGAAGAUUGUAAAAUGGAUAUUAUGGUUUCUGAUGUUAAUGGGAAUUUACCGGCUCAUAUGGCAGCUUAUAGCGGUAAAGUUGAGAUUUUAAGAUAUCUUAAAUCAAUUGGAAUUGAUUUAAAUCAAUGUAAUAAUACAGGAAAGACUUUGGUGCAUAUAGCAGCAGGUGUCGAUGCAGUUGAUGUUCUAAUCUUUCUCAAAAAUGAAUAUAAAUUUUCUGAAAAUUUGGACUCAUGUGAUAAAUAUGGAAAUACUCCUAGUCACUGCGCAGCUGCUUCCAAAUCACUUAAGGCUUUAAAGCAAGUAUAUUUUGUGCCACCCCAUGAUAAUCCUGAAGUUGAAACAUCCCUGAUUAUUCCAUUUGACAAUCUUGAUCAUAGAAUAUUUUUAUCCACAGAUAAAAGAUUUGCUUCUUAUGUAAAAAAACCUGGCCACACUGCAUCAAAUUGCUCCACUCCUGAAUCUAAUCAAUCAGAAAAUUCGAACAAAACACCUUCUCCUCCUUCUGAUAUUUCCCAAGUUGCAAGUCUAAACACACCACCGGUAGCUCCACAAGACCAUAAUUCGGAAACUCCCAAUGACACGCAAAAAAUGGAUAUAGAUUCAAAAGGUGCAAAGAGACCAAAGUCAUCGGACUCGUCAGAAAUAGAACAACCAACUAAUUCAGAGUUUAUCAGACCAGAGCAAGCCACAAAAAAAGCAACUCAACCCAAAAAGAAACUCAAAAGGGACUCUUCAAUUCACGAUGACUGCAAAAUAUCUUUGGAAUCCAAGAAUGUAAUCAGAGACCACUACCAAAAAGAUUCUUUUAUGUUACCGGUCGAUAACUUCAUAGCUUUCUUAGAGAAUUGUUACGGUAAAUCCAGCCCACUGAGUGAAGCACUUCUGUUUACAAAAAAUAUAGAAGAUCUCCUCUCUGAUAUUUCCAAAAUCCACAAAUCACUAACAGAUAGAUCUCUCAAAAAUCGACUCACUAGAAUUAUUAAAAAAAUUAAAAUGGAACUAGGCUCAAGUAAUUCUGACGCAGAAAGCAUAAUCCCGGUAUCCUCACAGGACAAUUUCGAAGAAGACCAUUUCACUGAAGGUCCAGCCACAUCAGAAAUAUAA